AAUUAGAAACAACGAUUUAUUACAUCACACCUUGGCGUCCACGGAGCCAAACCUCUCUUUCUUCACUAAUACUCACACAGUUAAAAAUCUGAAAACCCGAAAGUCAAAAUCUUCGCCACCUGAAAAUCGGAAUCGGAAUCAUGAAGUCCCUCGCGGCCACCGCGGCGGACAUCUUGAAGACCCCGACGUUCAUCAAAAUUACAGCUAUUGCCGUCGCCUCCCUCACCCUCUUCGUCCUCGCCAACCACUACUCCGCUUCCUACUCUCCCUUCUCCUCCUCCACCGCCACCGCCACCGCCACAACCUCCGCCACUCACUCUCUCGCAUCUCCGGCGCCGGAAUCCUCUCCACCGACACCUCCCGCUUCUCCUCCACCGCCGCCGCCUUCACCGCCUCCGCCUCCACCCCCGGAGGUGGAGAGGAUGGGGAUAGUGGACGAGAACGGCGCGAUGUCGGAGGAGUUCAAGGUCGGCGAGUUCGACGCGAGCCUGGCCGAGGAGCUGAAGAAUGCGAGCGGUGGAGUGAAGGAUGGGAGUGGCGGUGACGGCAAUGGCGGUGGUGUUAGGGUUAAGAUUGACAAGUUUGGGGUGUGUGAUCAGAAAUUCACUGAUUAUAUACCGUGUUUGGACAAUGUGGAUGAGAUUAAGAAGCUGAACUCGACUGAGAGAGGUGAAAAGUUUGAAAGGCAUUGUCCUGGAGAAGGCAAGAGGCUGAAUUGCUUGGUGCCGAGGCCGAAAGGGUAUCAGAUUCGAAUUCCUUGGCCUCAGAGCAGAGAUGAGGUGUGGUUCAGUAAUGUACCCCAUACAAGACUUGUCGAAGAUAAAGGUGGUCAAAAUUGGAUAGCGAUUAAGAAAGAUAAAUUUGUGUUUCCUGGAGGCGGAACACAGUUUAUUCAUGGGGCAAAUGAGUACUUGGAUCAGAUUUCUCAGAUGAUUCCUGAAAUUGCAUUUGGCCGCAAGACCCGAGUAGCGUUAGAUGUUGGUUGUGGAGUAGCGAGUUUUGGUGCCUUUUUGAUGCAACGGAAUGUGACCACUCUGUCAGUAGCGCCAAAAGAUGUCCAUGAGAACCAGAUCCAGUUUGCACUAGAGCGUGGUGUGCCUGCCAUGGUGGCAGUGUUUGCAACUCACCGCUUGUUGUAUCCAAGCCAGGCUUUUGACUUGAUCCACUGUUCAAGAUGUAGAAUUAAUUGGACUCGUGAUGACGGAAUUUGGCUUCUCGAGGUUGACAGGUUGCUGAGAGCAGGAGGAUAUUUUGUUUGGGCAGCGCAGCCUGUUUAUAAACAUGAAGAAGCCCUACAAGUACAAUGGAAAGAAAUGGAGGACCUGACUACACGCAUUUGCUGGGAACUUAUAAAGAAGGAAGGGAUGAUUGCCAUAUGGAGGAAACCUUUGAACAACAGCUGCUAUCUUAGUCGUGAUGUCGAAGUGCAGCCUCCAUUAUGUGAUUCCAGUGAUGAUCCAGACAAUGUUUGGUAUGUUGGUUUGAAGGCAUGCAUCACUCGGUUACCUGAAAAUGGUUAUGGUGCAAAUGUUUCUUUGUGGCCUGCAAGGCUUCAGGAUCCACCAGACAGACUCCAGAGCAUACGAUUAGAUGCCUAUAUAUCUAGAAAAGAAAUCUUCACGGCUGAGGCAAAGUACUGGAAUGAAAUAUUAACAGGUUAUGUUGGUGCUUACCAUUGGAAAGAGUUAAACUUUAGAAACAUAAUGGACAUGAGGGCUGGAUAUGGAGGGUUUGCAGCAGCAUUGCAUGACCACGGGCUAGAUUGUUGGGUAAUGAAUGUUGUUCCUGUUUCUGGGUUCAACACCUUACCAGUUAUUUAUGACCGUGGACUUAUCGGAGUAAUGCAUGACUGGUGUGAGCCAUUUGACACUUAUCCAAGAACAUAUGACUUAUUGCACGCAGCGGGUCUCUUCUCUAUCGAGCAAAAGAGGUGUAAUAUCUCAACCAUCAUUCUUGAAAUGGACCGAAUGUUAAGGCCUGGGGGACGCGUUUAUAUACGUGACUCUGUGUCUGUAAUUGGUGAGCUUCACGAACUUGCAAAUGCGGUUGGAUGGGUGCCUGCACUACACGAUACAGGAGAAGGACCCCAUGCAAGCUGGAAGAUCUUAAUAGGUGACAAGCGUUUGUGACAAUAUGAUUUAGUGCAAAGAAACUGAGGUCUUUUUCUACAAAAAAGGAAUCGAAGUCUCUCACCGCAAGAAAGAAGCCAGCGCAACUAACUUAUUGGACAUUUUAUGUUGUAUAAUCUGAGCAUUAGCUUGCACAUUCACUUUUGUUGUUUUUGAAAGGAAGAAUCCAAAUGCACAGAAUAGGUGGUCAAAGACUAAGAUGUGCAUAAAUUAACACUCA